AACAGAGCCUUCUCCGUCUCUCUCUCUCACACACACACUCACACACACCAGCACCCGCACCCACACACACAGUACAGAGUUCAAAGGACGCCUGUAAUCUCUUUCCCUCUGUUUCCACUCUUCUUAGUCCCUCCCUCGCCUUUCAACUCUCUCCCACUCUCUGUGCGGACUUGCAGAUCGAGGGGAAUAACUCCUGUGCUCACUUCCCCCCUAUGCUUGGCCGUAUCCAUAUCCUCUGGCACUCGACGGAAGAAGCGAAGGGGGGGGGGGGAGAAAAACAGCACCGUGACAAAGGGCUGAUUGGAGCAGCGACCAGCAGUCACAGAGGACCAGCCCCAGCCCAAGCCCCGGCCCUGCGCUGCCUUUCACGGACCCAGCACUGAAGGAGAGAUGUAGGGUAGCUUUCUACACGAAAGGAGAACGAGUGUCCCGCUGAUUGCCGAACUGGCCAGAAUAUUCGUGACUGCCGCUGCUGUUGUGAUUUGACCGCUGAAAGUGGAUACUGGAGGAGCUUUUAGGAGUUACUAGGUCUGGGAGAACUGAGCCUGGUUUAGGAUGAGUGGAAGACUACAUGGGCAGGGCACCGAGACCUGAACUGCCAGUUAACCAAACACGUGAAUCAAUGAAUGAGCUACUGUCAGUCCUCUCGUGCAGUAGGACCAACGUCUAAUCAAUCACAUUGUUGAGUGUGAGGAGUAGUUUUAUAGCUGUUGUAAAUAAAUCAGAGGGAGUGCUGGUAUGCUGAUGUUAGCAUUGAUAACACAUAUCCACUGCAUUAGCCUGUAUUUCUAACUGUCGGACUAGCGUGGAAGAAACUGACUCAUAAGUGAUUCGAAGGAAGUGACUUAAGGACUGUCAUCAUCAGACGCCUACUGUACCAAGAGUAUAUCUCCAGUCUUUGUGUGAAGCCCAGGAGAGAAGCUUGUAAAUGCAGGACUGGUUAAACAUGACAGACUGCACUGCAUUAAAGACGGCAUCUUAGGUAAGAGCUUAGACUUUAGACUGAGCAGCAUUUAUAGGUAGAAAAAAAAAACUACCUGUGAAAGUUUACCGCCAGACUGAUUAGAUAACAUUAAAUACGGACCAUCUAGAAACUGGAACUAAUAGGGAUCAGAUUCUGAGCUUGGCUGAGAGUUAUAGGCAGGUGUAGCCAGGCUGUUAUGGCUAAUAUCACAGACCCAUUGGGCAACUUCUCCAGCCCAGGCGUUGUUGAACGGGUGAUUGUGCCCAUUCUGGACACCCUCAUACUGGUCAUUGGCAUUCUAGGACACUCACUGGUCAUCCUCAUCUUAUCACGGAAGCAGAGGAGACCGGGAAGCGGAGGGAUGGGCAACACGAUCGGAGCGGCGGGAGCGGCGAGUGGCCAAGGCACCGACAUCCUCCUGCUGUCGCUCAGCGCCGCCGACCUGAUCCUGCUGGCGUGUCUGCCGUUCCACACCGCUGCCAUAGCGACGGGGCACUGGCCGUUCGGGAGUGUCGUGUGCAAGCUGAUGGGCUUCCUCGGAGCGGUGUGCACCUCGGCUAGCGCCUUCACGUUAGCCGCGCUAGCUGUUGCUCGCUACUUCAUCGUGGCGCAGUCGGCAAAGGCGUACCGCUGGCGCAGGGACGCCCGUAUCAAGCUGGGCACCGUUGCCCUUUGGGUGCCGGCGGUGGUCCUGGCGGCGCCGCAGUUUUUCUGGCGCACGCUGGACUCCGGCAGCAACGUCAACCGGCAGCACUCGCAGGACCUGGUCUGCUUCAACUUCCUGUCGCCGGAGGGCCAGUUGGCGUACGGCGUGUGCCACUUCCUGCUGGCCUUUGCGCUGCCGCUGGGCGUCAUCGUGGUGGCGUACGGCCGGAUCUACAUCUUCCUGCGCCGGGCGAGGCAGCGGCAGACGGUGGACCGGCUGGAGCGCUACCAGAACCAGGUGACCAAGACGUCAGCGCUGCUGGUACUUGCCUUCGCCCUCUGCUGGCUGCCGUCCUACGUCUUCAUGUUCGCCCAGCUGGCAGCAGAUACCACAGUGACCGGUAAUGCCCCACGGCAUGGGGGAUUUGCCAUGUUCGCCCGCAUCAUGGCCACCUCAGCCACCGUGGCCAAUCCCAUCCUCUACAGCUUCAUGUCCCAGAAGUUCAGGAAGGAACUCACAGAGCUGGGCCAGCGGAGCUGUAAGGACCGAUUUUUUUGUAACCGACCAGGGUGAGACUAGGAGUCUUCCACAGAAAGGACUGUACAUGUGUUUGCAGUAUUAGUACUGACUACAAGAGUAGCCUAGCAAAUCUCAUCUGUUGUUCUUUGCUAAAGUCUUCCAGAAAUCCAAUGCCUGUGCACCAUGGCAAGCCCUGAAUAGUUAAACAGUAAACAGCUACUUCAGCAUACUUGUCUAUUCUCACAGGGAUGAUGCACAUGAUCAAACUAAUAACCUGCACUGCCUGCACUGAUGGUUUGCAGAAGUGUUCUUCAACAACACCAUAUGGAAGUCCUUAAAAGACACCGUCCACUUUCAAAAUGAUUUGGUAUUCUAGAUAUUUCCUUCAUUACACCAUGUUCUGUACACACAAACACACACGACAAAGGAAAAACAUUUGUGAUUUGUUUGAAGUGAAUGUAUGCCAAAGAAGGCUUUGAUGAGAAAAUAACCUGUUUAUUUAUUAUAAAAGAACUGGCCGUGACUUCAGA